UCACGUUACAACCCGGAAGUGUUGCCUUUCUCUGAUUAACGUUUGAAUAGACAAGAAUGAGCAAUUUGUGUGUUGAAGGAGCGAUUAAAGGCGCUGCUGCGAACACCGUGCAGCCUCCAGCAGUCACGGUAGUGUGCUAAUCUCCGGCCCCGGAGCCAGAGGCGGUCGACUGGGAGCAGCAACGCCCUGAUGCCCGCCGCCACCCCGACGGAGAAAAAUAUCCUCGCUGUGUUUACAAGUCGGCUGGGAGCGAUUGUUUCCCCGCAGUGUGUCGUUAGCUAAUCGUGCAGCGGUUGUGUGUGUUUUUCAGACGAAGAAGUAACAUGGCUGAACUGCAUGUUGUGGAGCCGAGCGGCACUGGCACCAUAGAGCAGCCCGAGCACCGCGACGUCCGCGGCUCCGUGCGCCUGGCGUCGCCCACUCUCAUGGUGCCGCCGCGGAGCAGCCAGCUCAGCCCCGGCGGGGUGUCGAGUGGCAGCGGCGGCGGCGGGCGCUCGGUGUUCGGGUUCCCGGUGAAGAGCAACCCGAGCUCCCCGUCCGAGCCGGGGGACAAGCCGGGCUCACGCUGGGUCCGUCUGAACGUCGGCGGGACCUACUUCAUCACGACCAAACAGACGCUGUGUCGGGACCCGAAGUCGUUCCUGUUCCGACUGUGUCAAGAAGACCCGGACCUGGACUCCGACAAAGACGAGACAGGAGCCUACCUGAUCGACAGGGACCCCACAUACUUCGGCCCCAUCCUGAACUACCUUCGGCACGGAAAACUCAUCAUGGAUAAAAACCUGGCAGAGGAAGGUGUUCUCGAGGAAGCUGAGUUCUACAACAUCGCGUCUCUGGUGAGGCUGGUGAAGGAGAGGAUACGGGACAACGAGAACCGAACAUCUCAGGGUCCUGUGAAGCACGUGUAUCGAGUACUACAGUGCCAAGAGGAGGAACUCACACAGAUGGUCUCAACCAUGUCGGAUGGUUGGAAGUUUGAGCAGCUUAUCAGUAUCGGCUCCUCUUAUAACUACGGCAACGAGGACCAGGCAGAGUUUCUAUGUGUAGUUUCCCGGGAACUCAACAACUCCACCAACGGCAUCGUCAUCGAGCCCACUGAGAAGGCCAAGAUCCUUCAGGAGCGAGGCUCGCGGAUGUGAAGAGACCCAGAUCCUGAGCUAAAUAACACUUUAUCAACAAAAACAAAACAAUAACACGAACAUUUUUCCAGUUUUCAUCAAGAUCCAUGAGUUUAG